UCUGCGCUGUCCCACAGUGCUUUGCGGCAGCUGCAGAGUGUCUAGUCAUUCCGCCUCGCGCUGAUUUAACUCUCUAAAACCAAACAAAAAACUUUAAAUUAAAACAUUUUUAUCAGUAUUUUUCUCUCUGUCCGUCUCUGAGACCAUGAAGGAGACCGCGGCCAAGCGGCGGGGGGACAGAGGCCGGGACCGGGACUCGAAGGCGGAGAAGCCGAAGGAGCCGUCGGGCCCGGAGCCGCAGGACGUGGAGAUGCCGGAGGAGGAGGCGGCUAACGCGGCCAAACCCGCCCGAGAGCUGGACAGCCUCACCCUGGACGACAUUAAGGAGCACGUGAAGCAGAUAGAGAAGGCGGUGUCGGGGAAGGAGCCUCGGUUCGUGCUGCGCGCUCUGCGGGCGUUGCCGUCCACCAGCCGUCGCCUCAACACCAACGUGCUGCACAAAGCCGUCCACGGUUUCUUCACCAACAAUGCCGCCACCAGAGACUUCCUGCUGAGCUUCCUGGAGGAGCCGAUGGAGAUGGCGGAGGGAGACGUCCAGUUUCGUCCGAGGACCGGGAAAUCGGCGUCGGCUCCUCUGCUGCCGGAGGUGGAGGCUUACCUGCAGCUGCUGCUGGUGGUUCACCUGACCAACAACAAGAGAUACACCGAGGCUCAGAAAGUGUCCGACGACCUGCUGCAGAAGAUCGGUUCCAAGAACCGCCGAGCGCUCGAUCUGGUCGCUGCCAAGUGUUACUAUUACCACGCCAGAGUGUACGAGUUCCUCAACCAGUUCGACUCCAUGCGCAGUUUCCUCCACACUCGUCUGCGUACGGCGACGCUGCGUCACGACGCCGACGGUCAGGCCGUUCUCCUGAACCUGCUGCUGAGGAACUACCUGCACUUCAACCUGUACGACCAGGCCGAGAAGCUCGUGUCCAAGUCCGUGUUCCCCGAGCUCGCCAACAACAACGAGUGGGCCCGCUACCUGUACUACACAGGUGAGACCUCUACCUGUACCACACAGGUGAGACCGCUACCUGUACUGAACAGGUGAGACCGCU